AUGGGCUCGAUCUUCAGCUGCGUGACCGAAGAGGACAAGCUCGAUAAGCACGAGCAGGAGAGGCUUGACCUGCUCAAGAAAGGAGAGCGUUUCGGGAGGCGGAAGAUGGUGGCCAUGGGCGUGUCGCUGGGGUCGGAGCCUGCGAUGGUUCGCCUCAGCGACGAUCAGUCGACGGUUUCGUGGGCGAGUGCGGAUGCGCCCACCUUCGGGAGCGUCAAGGUAACCAGCGUGCAGAACGUCAAGCCUGCGGGUGCAACCGGACUGGUCUUGCUCGGCAAGGGUAACUCCAAGGAGCUGGAGCUUGAGACGGCUGACGCAGCCACCAGGGAUUUAUGGGUGAUCGCCCUUCAAGAAGUGGUGGAGCGGUCGAAGAUGUCAGGGAAGCAUAACGAGGCGGAACUUGAGGCUCAGGCGCAAGAACUUUCAGAGAACAAGGCGGAAUAUUGGGCCACCCGGCGGAAAGAGCUCCACGAUGUGGAGGCGGCAGCGGCGGAGAGAAAAAAGAAGUACGCCGGGGCCGGGAUGCAGUUCACCGCCCAAGCCUUGGCGAACAAGAGCGGCAGCUUUAAGUCGCAAGGUUAGCUUUGCAGGAAGGGGGGGGUUGUGGUGUUUGACCCGCGUACAUGUGGUGUGUGUGUCUAUGCCAGAAUUGCGUUCUGCGUCGCCUCUUUUUUUUUGUCAGGUUUUCGUCUUGCACGGCGGGAGGAGGAUCAGUUUGGAUCCGGUCCAGUUCGCGGUCUAUUUACUCGGGCAAUUUGGCUCCGAUUGGUCUUAACACCUGAUUACGUGAGUUCUGGUUGGCCGCGUGGUCUGCGCCGUCUCUCGUGGUAGACGUAAUAAAUCUCUCGACCUAAGGGGCCCCGCAAACAGGAUGGACGUGCUCUUCAGCCCCGCGGUCUUUACGGGGGAUUCCGGGAAGGCUUGGAUCUUUAUACUUCUAUUUCGUUCCUUCCUUCCGCUCAUGGCUUCGAGUCGUGAAUGCGGCAAAUAAACAUUUUUCUUCAUCGGUGGAUCGGGGUCGACUCGGGGGGGGGUUCCGUAGUCUGGAUGUUACUGGGGGGUAUAAAAAGUGUUUGAGAGAGAUGAUGAGAGAGAUGAGAUGCAACCCCCGCGCAAGACCACCUUGCUUGUCUGUAGAAUUGGCUUGUGCGUCUGCG